UAUGAAUUUCAUUAGUCUGGAUCACUAAAUUCAUUCAAUAGAAGAUUAUGAUAUUCUAUGCGCACUCGACCGUACAGAUUAUUCUACAGUCUACAAGGCGUAAUCUAAUAAUCAUAUCAUAAUAGACUUGAUAAGAAAACAGGACUGAUCGUAGCCAUUAAAGUCAUCAAUUUAGUCAAUCAGGCAGAAUUGGCUUAAGCAGUGUAAACAUAUCGUACAAAACCAUUCAGAAAUAUUUGUUUGGUUGAUAAAUGUUUUGGACAAGAUGGAAAACUAUUUAUUGUGAUGGAAUACUUUGCAGGAGGAUCACUAAAAGACUUGAUUCAUUUAUUCAAGAUCAAUAAACAAACUUUGGAGAUAUAAUAUGUGCAAGUGAUCAUAAGAGAACUUUUACUGGGUGUAUAAGAGAUCCAUCAGGAAGGUCUGGUACAUCGUCAUAUAAAAUGUGAGUUUUAUUAUUUUUACCCUUAUUUUCUUUUUAGCUGCCAAUCUUUUCUUAUCCCAAGAAGCCAAAGUUAAACUAUCCUAUUUUUCCACCAAUAAGGAAUUUGCUGAUACCAUAAAUAAAUCCUAGUCUCAUAUUUUGAGUCUGCCUUAUUGGAUGGCUCCUGAGGUAAGAGACCUUCUUUUAAUAUUAGACAAUUUAAUCUUCUUUGACUGAUUAGAAGACUGAUAUAUGGGCUAUUGGUAUAACGGCAUUUGAAUUAAUAACUUCAAAAAUUCCUUAUGAAGAUGUUCCACCAUAGAAAGUGAUUUUUAAAAUAGUGUAACAACCUCCAAGAUUAAAUGGAGAUUAUCCAAAUGAAAUGAUAGAUUUUGUACAUCAAUGUUUGCAAAGAGAUUCACGUCUUCGACCUACAGCUGCUUAGUUACUUACUCAUCCAUUUAUCAAGAAUGCUAAAAAAACAUAGCUUCUUUUUGAAUUAUUAGAAAGAGCUGGAAUGCUUAGUGGAGAAUAAUAAUAAGCUAGUUGUGAAACUCUUAAUUAUACUCAUAAUAGAGUUGUCACAUCCUUAAAGUUGGAUGCUACUGGUACACCAAUUAGAGAAGAUGUUGAAUCACUGAAAGAAGAAACCUUAAAGAUCAAGCGUACUUUCAGGAAAAUAGAAAAAUAUAAGCCCGGAUUGGGCAAAAUCGUAUUUAAAUUAUACCUUUGCAGAUAUACCAUGAAAUCAUCCAGGUCCUUAAAGCCAAGAUCCCCUGAUGAAUACAGCUAUUUAAUUACGCAUUCUCAUUAAUUAUAAUAAAUGAAAACCAAUAAUGAGCCUUCUCUAUUCAAAUAUCGAGUACUUUAUCUAAUUCUUAUCUUAUCUCUUAGGUCCUUGAAUAAAAAAAUAAAAAAAUCAUCCUUGAAGCUGAUGAAGAUCAAUUCAACUCUUUUGCUAAUGCUCUCUAAAUCAUUUAAAGAUUUCAUGACGAAAUCAAACAAUAGCUUAACCCAAAUUAACCAUCCUCAAGAAAAAUACGAAGUAUCUCAUCUCUAAUUAAUAUAAGUCAAUUCUGACUCAGAAAAAUCAAACAAUGUUUCCCAUCCAAAUCCAAAUCCUGAUAUUAAAGAAGAUCAAGACUUUCGUAGGUAACUUUAUUUACUCUCUAAACUUUAGGCGUAUUCCUCAUUUCUUUCUAUCUCGCUUUAAAAAGUGGGCCAAAAUGAUGGAACAAGAUGCUGCUUAUAAAUACUUAUAAAAUGUUCAAGAAUCUAAAGUUUAUUCUAUAUCUAUUUUAGACAUCUAAACAAUAACGAUUUGAAUUAGGAGAUUUGCAAAGAUGUUUCUAAGUUUAGGUUAAUGAACCAAAAGAGUCAAAACUUUGCAAGAAUUUACUCAAAGACCUCUUUAUCUCCUUUCUAUAAAAUGAAGCCACAUUAUAAAUCAUUCAUUACAAUAAAAUUAGCUCAAUCGAAUAAAAAGUACAAUGCGGAAUUUUUAUAUUUUAGCAUAAAUAUAUUGCAGAAAUUAAAAAUAUGAUUUAAGAGAUGUAUGAACUCAAACCUUUUGAUUCUUAUCUCUCUUCUGAAAAAAUUAAAGGCAAAAAAACUAUUAACAAUAAUAUUUGUCAAUCACCCAUUUAAGAAAAAUUGGAAGAAUAAAGAGAUGACUUUUAGAUUCCUUAAAUCUAAGAAAAAUACUCCAAUGAAAGCUUUAAAAAAUACAAUCAAGCUCCUUCACUUGUAAAAAUGAAUAGUUUUUAAUGA